AUGGUUCUAUCCAUUCGCUUUCGUUUGACACCUAAAUAUCCUGAAAUUCAGGGUGAGCCGUGGUAUUUGGCAUUAUUCGCCAUGGCGCGAAAUGGAUCAAUUUUAGAAACAACAGAAAGUGACGAAUUGACAACAUUUUACCAAUACGUUACUCAAAAAAUGCCUAUAGAAGUGGAAGGAUCUAGCACUCACUGGGAUGACUUAUGUGACCCCUUCUGUGAUUUGAAUUCUCAACUUUGGAAUCUUCUGAAUUAUCAGUCUUUUUUUAAAAUCCAUUAUCCAUUAUCGACUGCUGGACCGUACAAAGUAAAUAUUGGAAAGCAUUUGUUUAAUCGUACUAUCAACGAGAAAGGCGUUGUAAUUAGUGUUGGUACGGUGGCAAUGUAUUUUACGACAUUUGUUACAAGUAAAAUCAAGCAAAAGCAGUUAAAUGUAUUUGAAGAACAAGUCUUAAGUGAAGUGCGUAAUCACAACUCUAAAUCCAAUAGUUCCCUUGAAUUGGUACUUUACGGUGCACAUACUGUAGGUGGUGAAGUCCGCAGAGGAGUCUAUUUGGUGUAUCCUUACUAUUUAGCAGGAGCUGCUCUUCUGAUUCUUUUCGUCACAGUGAAUUUCAUCGCUAUUAAUUUAUGCUUUUCUCAGCCUUGGCAAUAUUCACAGUUAUUUUUACCACUUGCUGCUAUCAGUUCAGCAAUACUUUCUUCGAUGACAGCGAUUGGCUUCAUCUUACUGCUUGGAUACCAUAUUAACAUUCUGAUACUCGUAUCACCCUUCUUAACAUUAGCUAUAAGUAUAAGUGUUAAUGAUGCAUACCUACUGACGAAUGCAUGGCUAAGGCAAUCAUCAUUACCGACUCCUCAUGUUUUGACCCCAGCUGAAAGGUUACAAAUGGCUUUAGAGCAAGUAGGAGUAUCCAUGACAGUUACAUCGCUUACAAAUUUUGUGGGAUUCUGUCUUGGAUGCCUCGCUCCAGCACCUGAAAUACAACUCUUUUGUGGUACUCUUGCGCUAUCAGUGUUGCUGGACUUGAUAUUUCAGCUUUUUUUCUAUGCUCCAAUUCACACAAUCUUUGCGUCCGAUGGAUUAAUCAGCGUUUAUAAACAAAUUAAAACAAAUGGUUCGAAAAUACUUCCAAAAUUGAAGCAAACAGCUACAUCCUUCUGCAAAUGUAAUCUUUUUUUUAAAAGACCUUAA